CGGUCAGUCAGACGCUGAGAGCGGAGAGAGGCGGAGAAAGAGCUGAACUGAAAUAAGGAGUGAAGAUCUGGAGAGCGGCGCUCCGAUGUUCCCCGCGGUUGGGUUUCACUAAAUAGCGUUUAACUACUGAUUUCUCCUUUUCAAUUUCCCGUUUGGAAGUAUGUUUAUCGCUCCUGUUUGGUGCCAGGAGUGAGAGGUUUGACCAAGUGUCGCAGGCGCACGGCUGCCACUUUUGACGAUCGGAUUUUUCCUUUUGAUUUUAUUAAUUUUUUUUUUUUUGUCUUGUUUUCUGCAUUUGGAUUAUUAUUUUUUCCAGGAGAUGCCAAGUUGUUCACUGACAGACGCAGGGCUCUGCUGCUGAAGCUCACAGGAUGCUGGGGACCUUACAACAACCAGAUCUCUUACUUUGAGACAAAUUCCGGUUAUUUCUCCUCUGUGGACGUAAACUCUGGACGUUUCCCCUCCGUUUGCCUUCAUUUUCUUUUAUUUUUUCGUUUUCUUUUAUCUUUUUUUGUAUUUUAACAAAUGUCUGUCUUGUGCUAUCUAAUAAGGAUGCGUAGUGGAUUGCUAUUGUUCCUUUUCACCCAAGUCAUCUUGGUUGCUUCGCUGACACAGACUGAUAAAUGCGGGGGGAAUAUAGAGAUACACAGCGCGGACUACCUGACCUCCCCGGGCUAUCCCAGCGCCUACCCGCCCUCCCAGCAGUGCGUAUGGGUGAUUACCGCCCCUGAACCGGGUCAGAAGAUCCUCAUCAACUUCAAUCCGCAUUUCGAUCUCGAGGACAGAGACUGCAAGUACGACUAUGUGGAAGUUUACAACGGUGGCGAUGAGUCGUCCAUGUUGGGAAAGUUUUGCGGGAAAAUCGCACCGUCUCCGAUCAUCUCCACCGGCGGCCAGCUCCUCAUCAAGUUUGUCUCUGACUAUGAGACCCACGGGGCGGGAUUCUCCGUUCGCUAUGAGGUCUUCAAGACAGGUCCUGAAUGUUCCAGAAACUUCACGGCUCCCAGUGGAGUCAUCAAGACACCGGGCUUUCCCGAGAAGUACCCCAACAACCUGGAAUGCACCUUUAUGAUCUUUGCUCCCAAGAUGUCAGAGAUCGUGGUGGAGUUCGAUAGCUUCGACAUGGAGCCUGACACCACGCCACCACCGGGCGCCCUCUGCCGAUACGACUGGCUGGAGAUCUGGGAUGGCUUCCCUGCAGUGGGCCCUCACAUUGGCAGAUACUGCGGCCAGACGUCCCCGGGCCGAGUGAUCUCCUACACGGGCAUCCUGUCCAUGACCAUCACCACUGACAACGCCAUCGCUAGAGAGGGAUUCUCCGCCAACUACACCAUCCGCGAGAGGAGCCUCCCCCCAGGACACGAAGACGAGGAUUUUGCUUGUAUGGAGCCACUGGGCAUGGAGUCUGGGGAAAUUUCCUCAGAACAGAUCAGCGCAUCCUCCCAGUAUAACUCCAACUGGUCUCCUGAACGUUCCCGUCUCAACUACCAGGAAAAUGGCUGGACGCCCUCAGAUGACACCAUACGGGAGUGGAUACAAGUGGACUUGGGGUUCCUAAGGUUCAUCAAAGCCAUCGGGACGCAGGGCGCCAUCUCAAAAGAGACCAAGAAGCACUACUUCGUUCGCUCCUACAAAGUGGACCUGAGCUCCAAUGGAGAGGACUGGGUCACCGUGAAGGACGGCUCAAAACAGAAGGUAAUGAUCUUUCAGGGGAACUUCAACCCCACAGAUGAAGUUCGCAGCCCUCUUCCCAAACCCACUCUGGCUCGCUACAUUCGCAUCCGCCCCAUGUCCUGGGAGCAAGGCAUCUGUAUGCGCUUCGAGAUCUACGGCUGCAGAACAUCGGACUACCCAUGUUCAGGGAUGUUGGGGAUGGUGUCUGGCCAGAUCGCAGAUGCUCAGAUAAGCGCCUCUUCCUACGCUGACCGGGGCUGGGUGGCCGAGAACGCCCGCUUAUUGACGGGAAGGUCGGGCUGGACCGGACAGUCGACAAAGCAGCCUUUCAAAAAUGAGUGGCUACAGGUGGAUCUGGGCCAGGACAAGAUGGUGACCGGUGUGGUGAUCCAAGGAGGAAAACAUCGUGACAGGAACGUCUUCAUGAAGAGGUUUAAGGUGGGCCACAGCAUGGACGGAGAGGAGUGGACCAUGGUAAAGGAGGACAACACCACCAGGGUCAAGGUAUUUUUUGGAAAUCAGAACCAUGACACCCCAGAGCUGAGAUCAAUGGGUCCGCUUCUUACCCGCUUCAUCAGAAUCUACCCAGAGAGAGCCACUACUGAGGGCGUGGGCCUCCGCCUAGAGCUGCUGGGCUGUGAACUGGAGGAAAUAACAACUACAGCACUUCCAACCACCCCGCUUGCAUCUACCCCUCCCAUGACCACGUUUGGUGCGACCAUCACAGCACCAAUCACCGUCCCUGGCACGACACCAAUUAUAGAGUGUGAAGAAGGACGAGCGGACUGCAUCGGUGAAACAGAGACGCCUGAUUACGAUGACCCAA